CAUAAACAGCAGGUUUGCGUCAAACAGCGCUGUAAUAUUGACUGUUUUUUUACUCCAGCUGAAUGACAGACAAUUCAGCGAAUUAUCAUCACCAGAGAUGGAGUUUGCCUGCAGUCAUGUUGUGUGUAACUGGAGGUCUGAGAGCUUAACAGAAGAUGAAGCUAAAGUGUCGAAUCAAGGUUCUGCCUCCACUCUUCCCUGUGGUCUGUUCAGAGCUCAAUCCAUCUCAGAUCACCCUUAUGACAACCGCAUUACUGUUGUUCAGAAACCAGCUCCAUCAUUGUUUCCACCACCUGUACCACCACGUAACAUACAGAAGAGAAGUUCUUUCUCUAGUCCUGUCCCACCGCCAUUACCACCCAGAGGCCUGGAGAAUAAUGAAGAGACUCGUCUUAAAGCUAACAUCAAUGUAGUGUCACUGAAAGUGGGAAGUCUGGUGGACAUUAAUAAAGCAUCUGCUAUACAGAGCACCCAGAAACCAGUGCAUUGUGGAAAGUGCAGUGCCGUCCUUUCCUCUGCAAGCAGCCCAGUCACAAACCAAUCAACAACACUGUGGUGUUGUGAGUUUUGUGGAAAGGAGAACGUUUUUCCCCAGUCUUCACUGAAAAGGGGCCGGUUUACCUCUCGCAGUCCUGUAGGCAGAGAUGUGCUUUACAUGGACGAGAAGGAAACAGACUACGAGAAUCUGGAUGACAUGCUUAUUGUCCUGUGUGUGGACAUUUCCGGAAGCAUGAGCGUCACUUCUGAGAUCUCUCCUGGUAACAGCAUGCGAUCACCUACAUAUGUUUCACGACUGCAGGGAGUCCAAGAAGCUCUUCAGAUGGUGCUGUCCUCCCUGCUGAAAACCUCAUCUCACCGAAGAGUGGCUCUCGUGACUUUUAACAAUGAGGUAACAGUGUACGGUGAUGGUACAGGGGUCCCGCUCUGUCUGAAAGACUGGGCACUGGUGGACUACGACUAUCUGAAGACAGAGGGAGAAAACUACAAAACCCCACACUGCAUUGCAGAGACUAUUCAGCCUCUCACCCAGAAAAUCAAAGAACUCAGAGAGCACGGAGCUACUGCACUGGGACCUGCGGCCCUCAUCUCUGUUGCCAUGGCAUCACAGUUCACUGGUUCAAAAGUUAUAAUUUGCACAGACGGGCAGGCAAACAUAGGCCUGGGCCAGUUAGACCAAGAGUCUUCUCAUUGUCCCACCCCUUCACCUUACUUCUACAACCAGUUAGCACAUUUUGCUGCUGAAAAGGGUGUGAUCGUGUCCGUGAUGACGUUUGAAGGAGAGGACUGCCGUCUAGCGGAGGUUGGGAAGUUGGCUGAUCACACAGGAGGAAGAAUAAAUAUUGUAAACAUUGGUACCGUCGCCACAGAGAUUCAGAGUGCUAUUUCUGACAACGUCCUAGCAACUAGCGUCAUGGCAACACUUCUGGCACCUGACGGCAUGUACUUCCCCUACGAAGAGGAUAAUCAUCGGUUAGUCAGAGAGAUUGGCAAUGUGACGGAGGCUGUCGAGAUCACUUUCCAGUUUGCAGUCAGACCAGAAAAAGUUGAAAGUUUCCAACAACGGGACCGGGUCCCUUUUCAACUACAGCUGAGUUUCAGGACUCGAGAACUGCAGAACGUGACCAGAGUCAUCACUCAACAAAAGAGAGUCACCACCAGCAGCUGGGUUUGGGCAGGCAGUUUGAAUAUGUCAGUUCUGGGUGUUCAUUGUGCCCAGCUGUGUGCCAGGCUGACGAUGGAGGGCCGAGUGCAGGAGGCACAGAGACAACUGACAGCCCAACAAGACCUUCUCAAGGACAUCAGUCAACAGAAGCCAAGCCCUAAAGAAGAGAGUAUCUACGGGAACUGGAUCAGUACCAUGAGUAUGAUCUGUGAGGACCUCACCACUGUCAACCAGAACACAGCAGAAACUGACACCCAACCAGCAUCUCGAACAUCUUCCACCGCGAGUCUCACAGACGCGGCAGCAAAGGUGGUUUACCAGAUGAAGAGAGCAAAGAGUGUGAGCGAAAAGAGACAACAAGUCCCCAUGGUGGGGAACUGACCUCAAACCUCACACACAGUCAGUUUACACUGUGUAGGCUGCUACAUUAGUCUAUGGACGAUUACUAUUGGUUGGAAUAUAUCCAAUAUAUAAUAUAUGCAAACUAAGAGUUGCUAGGUUCUACUUGGCAACACCUGCCUCUAUUUAUCUUCGGCUGGUCUGUGAAUUUUAGAUGCUACAAUGUACAGUUCUGUGCGAAACUCUUAGUCCCCUAUCAGCUCUGGUGUUUUAGCAAAGGUUUACUGAGCCUCUAUAUUUAUUUUUUGGACUCUUCGUUAGCAUACAAACCUAAAUUGUGGGGAAAAUGUAGACAAAGUCUGAAAAAAAAAAACAGAACAUUAUUUUUUCUCUGUCAGGGUAAUCCAAUACUGCCGCUACAUUAUUCAGGGCUGGAUUCUGUCAGUAUUUUAUCAGCUGUUUUCUUUUACAAAUAUUAACUGCUGUUAUACAAUAACUUGCCUAAUUACCCUAACUUGCCUAACUAUCCCAGUUAAGCCUUUAAAUUGCACUUUAAGCUGAAUACUAGUAUCUUACCAAAUUCACUUAGGUCCAUAGAUAUUUGGACAUUGACACAAUUCUAAAAUAUGUGGCUCUAUACAGAAACCACAAUGGAUUUAAAAAUAAA